GCCAACGGCACAGGCAAGAACGUAGAGUUCUGAUCACAACUAAAUUUCAAUUACAUCGGUUUAAGUGCUAAAAGUGCAAUGAAAUUGAUUUGCCAAAUAUUUUUAACAACUGCGUUAAUCGCUGUGGUUUCAUCGGCGGCUUUGGAGAAAGGUGAACGAGAGGAGGAGCUUCAUUUUGGGUUUCACACCGAAAAUGGUCAUCAGCGAAAUGAGGCCAUAACGUACACAGUAAAACCCGAAACGGUUCAGGAUCCCAAGGAGGUGACUACCCAAAAGCCUGUGGAAUUUAAAGGCGGAUACAGCUUCAUCUCAGCCGAUGGCUACGAGUACCAGGUCCUCUAUAAGGCCAACAAAAAUGGAUUUCAGCCCUAUGUGACAGCGCACAAAAUUAAACCGGAUAAGAGUUAA